AUGGACAAAAACCCAUCAAAAACAAGUGCUGCUAGUGCAGCAACAACAGAAAAAGCAACCACCACCACCACUCUACAUAAUACAGGCGUUAGUCUACAUAACACACGGGUAAGUCUACAUAAUGUUCGGCGUGUGCUACAAAAUUUUCUUCUCAUCUGGCUCGACGCCAAUAUUGAUGAGUCGCAAGAAGAUUUCAAAAAUUCAUUAGCUCACCUUCGACAUAUCGUAGCAUCGAUCACGACAUUUACAAAUGUUCAAGAAUGUACUGAUUUUCUUCGCGAAAUAGAAUCAGAAAAGGCAUUUAUGAUUGUUUCUGGUUCACUUGGACAACAUAUUGUACCAAAAAUUUACACAUGGCCACAAUUGCACUCAAUUUAUGUAUUUUGUAACAAUCGAUCGGUGCAUGAACAAUGGGCCAAAAACAUCUUAAAGAUAAAAGGUGUUCACACUAAUAUCGAGUCGAUCUGUAAGGCAUUACAAAAUGAUAGUGCACGAUGUGAUCGAGCAUUGAUCUCGAUCAGUUUUCGAGGCAUUGAUGCAUCUUUUAUGUACACACAAUUAAUUAAAGAAGCUCUCUUGGAAAUUAAUGAUGAUGAGGAUGGUGAUAACAAAUCUAUUAGAGAAUUUGCCGAGUACUGUCGUCUUCAAAAUGAUAUUGCUACAGACGAGAUUGAAAGCGUUGAACGUGAAUAUCAUCAACACACACCUAUUUGGUGGUAUACAGCACCAUUUUUUAUCUAUUCAAUGCUCAAUCGAGGUUUACGAUUGCUAGACGUUGACAUCAUUCUAAAAAUGGGUUUCUUUAUUCGACAUCUACAUCGACAUAUUGAAAAGUUACAUCGUGAACAACAAUCCAAGGUGAAAACAGCGAAAGUUCUAACAGUAUACCGAGGACAGGGUUUAUCUUUGCAGGACUUUGAAAAAGUUAAACAAACUAAAGGGGGACUUAUGUCAUUUAACAACUUCCUUUCAACCAGUCGUGAUCGAGAUCUUUCAUUGAAUGCCUUCGCACGUCCAGCAGCACUUCAGGAUUCUGAUUCAGUUGGUAUACUAUUUGUCAUGAUCAUUGAUCCGAAACUGUGUGCAACAUCUUCAACUCCUUAUGUUGACGUCAACAAUCUCAGUUUUUUCAGCGACGAAGGUUCCGAAAUUCUCUUCUCUACGCACACAAUCUUUCGUAUCGAUCAAAUCAAACAUAUCGAUGAUCACGAUACUGAGCGACUAUGGCAAGUCAAUCUAACUUUCACAGGCAACGAUGAUCAUGAUUUAAACGCACUCACCGCACACAUGCGCAAAGAGCUCAGCUGGACGAAAGGGUGGUCUCGACUAGGUGAUAUACUUAUUAAAAUGGGCCACUCUGCUAAAGCAGAACAACUCUACCAAAUCCUUGUUGACAAUGCACACAAAGCUAACGAUCGAGCGAACUACAACUAUCAACUUGGUUUGGUGUAUUCUAAUAUGGGAGAAUACUCCAAAGCACUUGCAUCUCACCAACAAGCACUUGAUAUCCGCAAGAAAACACUCCCUCCAAACCAUCCAGACUUGGCUACUUCGUACAACACCAUUGGCUUGGUAUACUCUAACAUGGGAGAAUACUCCAAAGCACUUGCAUCUCACCAACAAGCACUUGAUAUCCGCAAAAAGACACUCCCUCCAAACCAUCUAGACUUGGCUACUUCGUACAACACUAUUGGCUUGGUAUAUUCCAACAGGGGUGAAUAUUCUAAAGCACUUUCUUUUUAUGAACAAGCAUUAGAUAUUCGCCAAAAAAUUCUCCCACCAACUCAUCCAGACAUAGCUACUUCUUACAACAAUAUUGGUUUGAUAUACUCUAACAUGGGCGAAUAUACGAAAGCGCUUUCAUUUUACGAACAAGCACUUCAUAUUCGCCAAAAUAUUCUCCCCCCAAAUCAUCCAGACUUGGCUACUUCCUACAACACUGUUGGUUUGGUACAUUCUAACAUGGGUGACUAUGCAAAAGCACUUUCCUUUUACGAACAAGCACUUGAUAUCUGCCAAAAAAUGCUCCCUCCAAAUCAUCCAGACUUUGCACAAUCCUACAACAACAUCGGAUGGGUAUAUUCUAACAUGAGUGAAUACUCAAAAGCACUUUCAUGUUAUGAACGAGCACUUGAUAUCCGCCAAAAGAUUCUUCCUCCAAAUCAUCCGGACUUGGCUACUUCCUACAGCAACAUCGGUAAAGUAUAUUCUGAAAUGGGCAAGUACUCAAAAGCAUUGGCAUCUCAUCAACGAGCGCUUGACAUCUACCAAAAAACUCUUCCUCCGGAGCAUCCAAACUUUGCACAAUCCUACAACAAUAUGGCUAUGGCAUAUCAAAACAUGGGCGAAUACGUAAAAGCGCUUCCAUUUCUCGAACAAGCAAUUAAUAUCUGUCAAAAAUCUCUUCCUCCAAACCAUCCGAACUUUGCACAGUCCUAUAAAAAUAUGGGUAUGGUGUAUCAAAAUAUGGGCAAUUACAAAAAAGCACUUUCGUUUUUCGAACGAGCACUUGAUAUCAACGAAAAAAGUCUUCCUCCAUCGCAUCCGCAUAUUGCUCUAGUCAGAAAUAGCAUUGAAUGCGUGAAAAAGAAGAUGUAA